GGAGUCAGGGGCGCCAGUGUCUCGCCGCCUCGCGUCGCCUCGCCGGCAGCAAGAGCUCCACCGCUUCCACUCCACGGCGUCCGUCGUGUGCUCCGCCCGCACCGGAACAACGGCAACGGCGACGGCGACGGGCGGGGGAGGAGAUGAAGCUGAAGCAGCUGGAGGGCCUCCUGGGUGGCCUGACCCAGUUCCCCGCUCCCAAGGUGGAGCUGGAGCAGUACCCGACGGGCCCUCACAUCGCGUCUCGGAUGCUCUACACGGCGGAGAAUAGUUUUGACGACAUAACUGGCAAAGUGGUAGCUGACUUUGGCUGUGGCUGUGGCACCCUGGCAGUGGCGAGUGCUCUACUGGAUGCGGAACAUGUUAUCGGUAUUGAUAUUGACCCACAAUCACUUGAACUUGCUCAAGAAAAUUCUGCUGAUCUGGAGCUGGAUAUCGACUUAAUUUGGUCUGACAUAAAGAGCUUAAAUUUGAAAGGCUUCCUUGUUGACACCGUUGUCAUGAAUCCACCUUUUGGGACACGAAAGAAAGGAGCAGACAUGGAGUUCCUUUCUAUGGGCUUGAAGGUUGCUUCGCAGGCUGUCUAUUCCCUACACAAGACUUCCACUAGAGAACAUAUCAAGAAGGCAGCCUUGCGUGAUUUCGGUGCUGUCAGUGCUGAGGUUCUAUGCGAGCUGCGCUACGAUCUACCCCAAUCUUACAAGUUCCACAAGAAAAGGGAGGUGGACAUUGCUGUCGAUUUGUGGCGCUUUGUUCCCAAAGCCCGACGCAGCAGCUAGCGCCCUGCGAGCAUCGUCGUGACAUGAACAAUGAAAAUGGAGAUACGGUUGUCUUGCGUGGCUCAUGUCUGGGCUUGAUAAAAAGAAUCAUCACACGCUGUGUAUCUAUUUUCUGUCUCAGGUUGCGCCAUGUCUUUGUGCCUCCUCAAUGGCAUGGAGCAUUUGGCUACAGAAUGUUGAGCUGGGGAACAUGGCGAACUUGAUGCAGUUUCCUUAUCAAUGUUCGCAAUGCCCGUGUUGGUUC